CCCUUGAGUCGCGCCUUCAAACACGGCCGACGCGCAAAGCACUUUGAUAUGCCUCGCUUUGCAGAAGGUACGGGAAUCCCGAUACGUGGCAAUGUUUCUCUACCGCCACAGACCGCGUCGCCCGCAGAGACACCGAUGCCAGAUCGAAUCCGCAUAAAGAAUCGGCGCAAAAGAUACUUGGACACUCAUCCUGAAUACUUUGGACCCCAGCUUGAGCUGGCAGAUCCCCUCCUUUACGACCGAUUGAUCCGCCGUUUCCAAACGCCCGCUGAACGCGAAGCCGAAGGUCGGCAGAAGGGGUACUCCGGCAUCCUCGAAGCGGACUUGUACCGGAGCGAAGCAAAACUCGAAGCGUUGCGGCACCCAGACCCUCAUGCUUUGUUCACGUAUAAGCGCGGGCCGAACGGAGAAAUACUAGCUGAAGAUCGGGAUGAAGUGCCCGCGAACAAGGAGGAAGGCCUCGCAAGGUGGAGGUGGGAGAUGCAAGUCCGCUUUCUGAGAGGUGGAGAUGACGACUUCGACUAUGACUCCGUGGACUACAAUCCGGAAUACGACGACCGCGUCCUUGAAGAGAGAGACGCUGAAGACAAGUACUUUGAUGAGCAGGAGCCCGAGUUCGUCAAGGGCGAGGAAGGACUCCCUGGGAGUCAAAGUCAUGAAUUAGAGGGCGAGACCGGCAUUCAAGAUUUCUGAUUCAAAAUUCUCAACUGCGCUUCCAAUCGACAUCAGCCAUGCUUGGUGCGAAGUCAGCAACGUAAGAGGUAACAGCGAAGUCCUCAGAGCACGAUUCCUUUGAUCCGACUCCCAGACGAUCUAGGCGGCUCAUCCGAGCAGGCUCUGGCUUGGUGACGGCAUUGGUCACUCCACCUCGAGCUAUACCAAUGGCUGCGGCGUGCUCCCGGUAGCGGACAGUCCCUGGUACAGAGCCUGAAUUUUCUUCGUGCGGUUGCGGUCGAAGUCCUCUGGCCGACCAUGUCUUGAAACUGCUUUAAUGUCAUUCAGGCUGUCAAAAUAUCCAUUGGAUCCAUCAACCCCCGAAGACUACUGGCACACCGAACGUGAGGCAUCCUCCUGAAAACCUCUUGGCCCUCCGUCUCCUGCAUGAAAUCCUGCCAUUCUUUGGUCGCAAUCCAUUCUUGACGGGCUUGUUUGUCCCGAAACUUCAUGAUCAUGACGGUGUCGUGGACUUCCUCUCGGGAAGUUACUGGGUUCUUUUGGCGUGCAGAAGUUGGGGCAGUAUCGGGGAUUUCGACCGGGUACGUCUCAAAUUUGGAUAUCAAAGGAGAAAAUGCCGCAUGCAUGCCUAAUCUUGCAAUCAUGGAAUCCAGCUGAUGGGUUGGCUUGUCCUCCAGUUUCCCUCGUCGAACGAGAUCCUGAUCGGCAGGUUGUACGUUGCGCUUCAUUUGAGAUGCAAAGAAGUAAAACAUGCAAGUCAGCGGACGUUGGGUGUCAGCAUGCUCUUUUCGCACGCGCUCUGCUGUGGUUCGUGAUGCUUCGUGUUGCCUGCUAAGGCUUGUUCGUUCUAGGAGCAUUCUGAUGUCUGGAGGAGUGAGCGGCUCAAUUGGAAGCCACGACAAGGACAAGGAAUAUGUCUGUAUAUCUCGUGAUUUCUAGUUAGCAGAGGCAGGGAGUUGAAGGACGGCGGGGAGUUGACGUGAGGCGCUGGAGGAGGGACGUAGGCGGCCCCAAUGGCUGUGA